AUGGACGAAGCACGUGCUCUCUUUUUCGAGAACGUCCCUGUAGAGCGUGAGGAAGCUGAGGACCAGAAGGAGGGGGAAGCCGCAGAUAACGAUUCUGCACCCGAAACCAGCGCAGCAGAGAGGACAAGACCAGUCCCUUGCCGAGGCCGCAUCCCUCACAGUGCAAUUCACUUCACUGUGUUGGGUAAAGAAGGAGAGGAGGACGCCUGUGAUGUCCUAUUACAGGACCUUGGUGUGGAGGUCUUCACUCUUGACACAUCGGAGUCAACAGGGAAUGACCGUAUGAAGGAGCUUAUGAGGUUCGAAGCUUUGCGUAGCUACAUCGAGAGGAACGGGAGACCUUAUAAUUUCCUACCAUCCCAGGAGGAAGUGUCAAAAGAGGUGCGCCAGGCGAUGGCUUCUCACGAGAAGGAUCGCCUCGCAGCAGAGGAGGUGACUGAUGGGCUUACUGAGGCGUAG